GCGGAGGUCACGCAUGCGCACAAGCUUUUGUUUCUAGACAUUUCGACGGAGUGCAAGAGAGCUAUCAUCUUUUAUCCCUUUCCCUUAUUGCUAUCUCUAAAGCGCUUCAUAUAGAGAGAGCUACGGUGACUUUAUAAUGGAUUUGGAAGGUGGCACGUAUGAACCUGGAUUUGUGGGCAUCCGGUUCUGUCAGGAGUGUAAUAACAUGUUGUAUCCUAAAGAGGAUAAAGAAAACCGCAUCCUGCUCUAUGCUUGCAGAAACUGUGACUAUCAACAAGAAGCCGACAACAGCUGCAUCUAUGUGAACAAAAUCACCCAUGAGGUUGAUGAACUCACUCAGAUUAUUGCAGACGUGGCUCAAGAUCCAACACUGCCUCGGACUGAGGACCACCCUUGCCCAAAGUGUGGCCACAAGGAGGCGGUGUUCUUCCAGUCUCACAGCAUGAAGGCUGAGGAUGCCAUGAGGCUUUACUAUGUAUGUACUGCCCCACACUGUGGCCACAGAUGGACAGAAUGAGGAGGAUAAAGCCACGAAUGACAUAAGAUGAGGCGUUCUGGGGUCAUGCAUCACUCUAGUUCCAUUCCAGAACAUUAUUUCUCAGUUUAGGGGACGUCUGUUGUGGAGUGAACGUGUCUUACUGGUGACCCAACUGUAGGUCACUGAUGCAUUUGUGAAUAAACUGGUGUAUAAUUUUAGUUGUGAAUUUAAGUGCCCAAACACCAGCGACUCGUCCUUUGACCCGAAGUGUUUAUAGUUUUUCAUUUUAAUUCUACACAGUGUAUUUUUUUUGAAGGUUUGUAAUAAAAUAUU